AGAAGCCCGAUGCCCCGCCCCCUGGGCCGGCUUCUGUAAGCGACUAUUUAGAAGUCGACCAGGAAAGUGCUGGGAGAAAGCAAGGGGAGACAGAGCUGACUGCAACGUCCAUCUGAGCUGAGUAAAGCCAGCAUUGUGCCUCCUCGGCCGUGGACCAUCCGGCACCACGCUUGUUGGGCCAGAACAAGAGUGGGUGAGUCCUGGAUCUGUGACCCGCACAAGGCUGCUCUCAUUCUUGAUGGUCGCCGUCAUGGCCUGGCUAGGGCUGCUGGGUGCCCUGCUGUGCAUGCUGCCGGUCGCCACGUUAGGCACCCGAGACCCUGAGGGCUUUCUGCCCGCUGUGCCCCACAACUGCCCCAGCAAAUGUGUCUGUGCUGCUGAUCUGCUGAUCUGCGCAGGCCUGGGGUUGCAGGACGUGCCAGCCACGUUACCUGCAGCUGCUGCUGAACUCGACCUGAGCCACAACGCACUCCAGCGCCUGCGCCCCGGUUGGCUGGCACCCCUCUCCCGGCUGCGCGCCCUGCGCCUAGGCCACAAUGAACUGGAUGCGUUGGGUCACGGAGUCUUCAAUAAUGCCAGCGGCCUAAAACUCCUUGACCUAUCAUCUAAUGCAUUGCGGGCACUUGGCCCCCACGACCUUGAUGGACUUGAGGCACUGGAGAUGCUGUUUCUGUUCAAUAACCACCUAGCACACUUGGAUGAGCAUGCCUUCCACAGCCUGAGUGCACUCAGCCGCCUCUAUCUGGGCUGCAACGAACUCAUGACCUUCUCUUUCAACCACUUGCACGGUCUGGGUGCGAUCCACCUGCGCACCCUGGACCUCUCCUCCAACCGGCUGGGACGUGUCUCUGUCCCUGAGCUGGCCGCACUGCCAGUCUUCCUCAAGAAUGGCCUCUACUUGCAUAAUAACCCGUUGCCCUGCAACUGCCGACUCUACCACCUGCUGCAGCGCUGGCACCAGCGGGGCCUAAGUGCGGUGCGAGACUUUGCGCGUGAGUACACGUGCCUGGCCUUUAAGGUACCCACAUCCCGCGUGCGCUUCUUUGAGCACAGCCGUAUCUUUGAGAACUGCUCAGCUGCCCCAGCUACCAGCCUAGAGCAGCCUGAAGAGCAGCUGCAUGCACAGGUGGGUCGGUCCCUGAGGCUUUACUGCAACACCAGCGCCCCAGCUGUGCACAUUGCUUGGGUUUCACCUAAGCACGAACUGCUUGUAGCACCAGGAUCCCGAGAUGGCAGCAUUGCAGUGCUGGCGGAUGGCAGCUUAGCUAUAGGCAAAGUGCAGGAGCAACAUGCUGGUGUCUUCGUGUGCCUGGCCACUGGGCCCCACCUGCACCACAACCAGACACUUGAGUACAAUGUGAGUGUGCACUUCCCACGCCUGGAGCCUGAGGCUUUCAACACAGGCUUCACCACACUACUGGGCUGCGCAGUGGGCCUGGUACUGGUGCUGCUAUACUUGUUUGCACCACCCUGCCACGGUUGCUUCCGCUGCUGUCACCAAGCCUGUCGAAGUCGCCGCUGGCCCCGGGCACCCAGUUCACUCCAGGAGCUGAGUGCACAAUCCUCAGUGCUCAGUGCCACGCCACCAGAUGCACCCAGCCGCAAGACCAGUGUCCACAAGCAUGUGGUCUUCCUGGAGCCUGGCAGGAGAGGACUCAACGGGCGUGUGCAGCUGGCUGUAGCUGAGGACUUCGAUCUGAGCAAUACCAUGGGCCUACGGUUCAUGGCUGGCUCUGAAUCUGCUAGCUCCACAGGCUCAGAAGGUCUCAUGAUGACCUAGGCUGCCCAGUGCCCUCCACUCAGGCCAUGACCCUCCUGCUGCUUGCUCUGUUCCCUGCUACCAUACUGAGAACUGCCAGGUGUUAGUGGGAAGCACUGUACCUGGUCCGCCAGCUUCCUUUGUGGUUCUUACCUGAACCACAAUGGCCCUAUUCAUAGAUAGAAGAAUCAGAGUCUCUUAAUUUCCUCCUGCUCUGCCUAGCAUGGGUCCCCAAGGCCCCAGACCCCAGCAGAACCUGCUAGUGUCUUCCUUUCCUGGGACCUCCUACUGUCCCAAUGUCCCUUAAGGAUGGGGGACCAAGUCCAUCUGGAAAAGGUCUUACAUUAGAGCCCUAGGAACCCCUUCAGUGGCUGAAGCAGAUAUGAAGGAGUGAUACAGAACAGUCAAAGCACACCACCUUCCCCUUCCCAUACCUGGGGCAGGGGUCUCACAGGGGAAAUGAUGGAGAGCUCAACUCCAGCCCGUGUUCCUGGAGAAAGGAAGAAACAUCCUCCCUCUGAUGACACAGCACUCCCCCAACUACCAGCAGCCAACCUUCUGAAAGCUUCACAACUGCAUGCACAGUCUGGUGGGCAGGCAUUAGGAAGGAGAACCCCUGGGGACCUGGCCUGAGCCCCAGCCACAGUGGCCCUGCUUUCUCCAUCAGUCAUUUCAAGGCAAAGUUCAUUCCAUGGCCUCACGGCACAGCAGUAAAAAGCCUGGCAAGCUGAGAGGGCCCAGAUGGAACUUGAUGUCCCUGAGGGCAGGAGCCUUUUAAAGGCUGGCACUGUUCUCAGCCUAAUGGUUUGAGGCGGUGCCCUGGCUUCAUGUGCACCUCACCACUCCCACUGCAGAGAGGCAGGGAAGGGGUUCUGGGAGCCCCUCAGGUGUGGGGGCUGAGCUACGAGUCCCCAUGGCUGUCUUGGACCCUGCUGUUCAUGGAAUUUUGUAAUAAAGGUAAUCCAUGCUCA